GGUCUGAAGUUUGAUAUGCAAAGUAUUGAUGCUAGAGCAAUCCGCUUAAAGAAAAAGAUGAAAGGAAAGGAGAAUAUCCUCAUCAUUCUGGACGACAUCUGUGGUACUCUUGAUUUGCAGAAAGUGGGGAUUCCAUUUAGCAUGACAGACAGUCACACGGGGAACCAUAAUAAAAAACCAACCAAUUUCAAAUUGAUGAUGAGUUCAAAAAGUAAAGAGAAUUUAUUGAAAAUGGGCGCUCCGGAAAAUUUCACUUUCAGACUUGAACCGCUUGAUGACACGGAAUCUAUUGACUUGUUUCAAUUUAUGGUUGAAGAUGUGGUUAGAGAUCAUCGGAUAAAAAGUUUAGCACCUCAAUUAGCAUUGAAGUGUGCAGGUUUGCCUCUAGCCAUUACAACGGUCGCACGUGCAUUAGUAAACAAAGAUAUUAACUAUUGGGAAAAUGCGGUACGACAACUAGAAGAUGUUGGUCCAGAGGAGAUUGGUGCUUCAGUUUAUAUUCCUUUGGAGUUGAGUUACAACUCAUUAGAGUGCGACGAAGCGAGGACACUCCUCUUACUCAUCGCGGUAUUGGGAUUUCAAAAAGUGGAGUGCUAUUUAGAAGUGGUAAUGGGCUUAGGCGUGUUGAAAAAAAUAAAAACUGUGAGAGAUGGAAGACACCGCCUACAUGUAUUGGUUGGUUAUUUGAAAACAUCAUGUCUAUUGAGAGAAUCUGGUAAAUGUGAGAUGAUUGAAAUGCAUAAGAUGGUUAGGGAAGUUGCUCUCAACAUUGCAUCUAAAGACAAACACGUCUUUCUGAAAUGGCCGCUGACAAAUGAUUCUCUGAGAAACUGCUCACAAAUUGUAUUGAAUAAUUGUGACAUCACCAAACUUCCUCAGAGGUUAGACUGCCCCAACCUAGAGCUUUUUGUGUUUAGCAAUUCAACGUUUCUUUUAGAAAUUCCAGAUAAUUUCUUUGAGGGGAUGGUGAAACUGAAAGUGUUGCGUUUAACUAAAUUCAAUUUGUGUCAAUUUCCAUCUUCUAUUUGCUGCCUUUCGGAUCUUAGGUCAUUGUCCUUGUUUUUAUGUGUUUUGGAAAAUAUGGAUGGAAUAGGAGCUUUGACAAAUUUACAGUUUCUUAACUUAUUUGGUUCUAUGGUGAUCUCAUUGCCAAGCCAAAUAGGGGCGUUGAUUCACCUUAAAACCCUUGAUUGCAACCAAACUGGACUGCAAGAGAUCCCGCCAAAUAUUAUAGCAAGCUUGACUGAACUGGAGGAGUUGAAGUGCAGGAACUUCAUUAACUGGGAUGAAAAUGCUAAGCUUGCUGAGUUUAGGCAAUUGUCAAAGUUGACAACUCUUGAGUUAAUAGUUAUUUCUGAAGAUUUUCCAAGCGACUUACAAUGGAUGUUUAAGAAGUUGGAUAGAUUCAAAAUUCAUUUUGCAUGUUAUAAUAAAUACUUUGAGUUUGAAACCUUGAAUACAUUGCAAAUCUCUCGUACCAAUGCACAUGUUGAAGAACUACUAAAAAGAGCUGAAGCUUUGCAGUUAACUAGCUCCACAAUGAACCUUGAGAAUGUUAAUGAACUCAAUGGUGAAGGAUUUCCUUUGCUGAAAAUCCUUUCUAUCAAAGGUGGUAGUUUAACUUCAAUGAAACACAUAGUUGACACUAUGGAUAGGCAUUUGGGCCAGGUUUUCUUUCCCAACUUAGAAAAGUUGGAAAUUUUCGGUCUAUCGAUGUUGGAGGAGAUCUGUCGUGGUCCCGUUGCUCAUAAUUCUUUUGGAAAGCUCACCACUAUAGAGGUCAUCAAUUGUUUCAAAUUAAAAUACCUUCUAUCUCCAUCAUUGAUCAAGGAGCUCUCACAACUUGUGAAGAUCCGCGUUUCUGGAUGCGGUUCUCUGGAAGGCAUUGUAUUGUUAAAUGCCAAUUAUGCAAGUGUAGAUAAUGAAGUUAUCGAGUUUGUUUCGUUGAAGACAUUGAAGUUGGAUCAUUUACAUAAGCUUGAUAAUUUCUGCUAUUAUAAUCCGGGGUCUUCUGAGAUAACUGAGUAUCAAGGGUUGGAGCCUUUAUGUUCUGCACUGUUUAACAGCUCUCAGGUUGCAUUUCCUAAUUUGCAUUCCCUUACAUUGAGCACCCUAGAUAUUGAAAAAAUUUGGGAUGACAAUCAACAUACUGCCAUGUUCAACUUAAAAACUUUGAUCGUGCGGGACUGUGCAAAUCUUAAGUACUUAUUUUUGCCUUCCAUGGUUGGAAGUUUUAAAAACCUUAAACAACUGGAAAUUAAGAACUGUCGUUCAAUGGAGGAGAUAAUAGCUAAAGAAAAGGCAAACACUGAUACUGCAUUGGAAGAGGUUCUAUUUUCCGAAUUGAAGUCUGUUACAUUAACAGACAUGAAAAACUUGAAGACAAUAUGGCACUUCCAAUUUGACAAGGUGGAGAGCUUGGCGGUAAAAAAUUGUGAAUCCCUCGUGGUGGUUUUUCCUUCUUCAACACAAAAUAGAAUUUGCAAUUUGGAGCGGUUAAAGAUUACAGAUUGUCCUUUAGUGGAAGAGAUAUUCAAAUUGACUCCGAGUGACCAAAGGCGUAUAGAAGACACGACUCAGUUGAAAUAUGUUUUUUUAGAAACAUUACCAAAGCUAAAAAAGAUAUGGAGUAUGGAUCCUAAUGGAGUUCUGAAUUUUCAUGAUCUAGAAGAACUACAUAUACAUCAGUGUGGAAGCUUGGAGCAUGUAUUUCCUCUUUCUGUAGUCAUUUGCUGCUCCAAGCUCAACCAUCUUUGUAUAGGUGAUUGCAAGGAAAUUGUUGCAGUUAUAGAGAAUGAAGAAUUUAUAUUUAUAACUCAACAAUUUGAAUUGAAUGCCUUGAACACUCUAACUUUUAAGGACUUACCGAAGCUCAAAGGCUUUUAUGAAGGAAAAUAUACUCUUGCAUGUCCAUCUUUGGGAGUGAUGACUGUUUUAGGCUGUCCUAGUUUGACUGUAUUUAAAACUCAGGAGCCUCUGAUGCUGCUUCAAGAACCACUUUUCGUUGUUGAAGAGGUGAUUCCGCAUCUGGAGAGGUUAGACAUAAUGAUAAAGGAUGCUAACUUGAUGAUAUCUCAAACCGAAAACAUUGGUUCUCUUGUCACCAAUCUGAAACAUAUAGGCUUGUAUAGGUCUGAGAAUGAAGAGGAGGUAUUUCCUCGUGAGCUUCUCCAAAGUGCACGUGCUCUUGAAUCAUGUUCCUUUGAGGAAAUAUUCCUAGAUGACAGACUAUUAAAUGAGGAGAUUCGGCUAAAAAGUUUGAAGCUUUCCCAUUUACCUAAAAUAUAUGAAGGACCCCACCUACUUCUUGAGUUUAUUGGACACCUCGCAGUCGAAUAUUGUCCUAGUCUUACAAACUUGAUUCCUUCAUGUGCUUCUUUUAAUAGCUUAAUAUCUUUGGAGAUUACCAACUGCAAUGGACUGAUAAGUUUAAUUACAUCUUCCAUGGGGAAAAGUCUUGGCAAGCUUGAAGUGAUGAAGGUGAAAGGUUGUAACUCACUUGAAGAAAUCAUUACAGUAGAGAACAAUGUUGAUGUUGGAUUACUACUUAAUUUGGAAGUAUUGGUGUUGGAUAGUUUGCCAAACCUUAACAAGUUUUCUAGCUCUAAGUCCCGCAUUUACCUUCCAUUGUUGGUGGAGGUAGAGGUAAGUGAAUGUCCUCUCCUCAAGAUUUUCUCCGAGGGAAUGCUGAGCACUCCCAAUCUUUGGGACAUCAAAAGAGGAGAGUUGUAUUACCCUUUGGUUGGGAGCCUAAACAAUACAAUAGGGGAUAUUUUUAUAUUUGAGGAAUUUUGUCGUUCAGAGGAACGUCGUUUACGUUCUGAUGAGCGCUGAGUCCUUCACAUUUGUAAUGUGAAGCCUUCCGAGGGGAUGAGGAGGAAAAUAAACCCCGGAAGGAUAGUAACAAUCCUCACUACCCUAAAACCUCUCUCGUUGCUGCAUAUCCAGAAUCAAAGAAAGUUAGUCUUUUGUCCAUUGUUCGAUCAAUGUAUGGUAUUUUUUUUUUAGGCCGGGUAUCUUUUACGCUAAUUAGUUCUUCCACUGGGUUGAGGAAUUUGGAGAAUAAUCAGUUCAAGAGAGCCAACACUUGUGGUUGUGAUAGCUUUGAGGUCAAUGGCUGAUAAUAAUGGUGCCGUUGAAUUGGAAGAGUUUGUUUUAAGUGACAUAAGACCCAUCUCUUGAGAGAAUUGUCGGAAACUGCACGGCAGCAGCAAAAUGAAUCUAGUCUCUAGACGGUAAUACAAAUUAAAAUUAGCAAUUAAUUGCUAACAGUAGUGCGAAUGUGAAUGGUGAUAUGGCUGCUGUGAUGGGUAGGCCAGUUUUGAGGCCCAUGUCUGAUAUGGUGACACUCACAUGUGAGGGUUACGACCAAUGUUUUCUAUCGAUGCAUAGACUCCCACUGGGGAAAAAUGCAUCAGGGAGUAGGAUCUUGAUGCUUUACAGAAUAAGAAAUUGUUUAGAGAGAUGCAAAAAUCUAAAACCGGUGAGGAGCUUUUGGAUCUAAUUCAUCUGGCAGACCGCAAGGGAGACAGCUGUAGCUGCUAAGGUUCAAACUCAGUGCUUACUUUAAUAGUUCAAAACUAAAGAUGGAUAUCAGGUGAGGCAACACUGUGACUGACUGAUGAAAGAAGUUUAUCGACGCCGGACCGGUUCCUUUGUAGCAUGUGAUAAGGUUCAUUUUAGAUGAAUCAUUUCUCUUUAUACCAACAUUAAUUUAGGAGACUUCUCUUUUAAUGAUACUGGCCGUCACAUGAAGAAUGGACGAAUUAGGUAAGUUUGGAGUAAUAAUGGCUGAUCCACCAUGGGACAUUCACAUUGAGCUGCCUAUGGAACAAUUGCCGAUGAUGAAAUGCGCACUCCUAAUGUCCCUGCUGUGCAAACUCCUAAUGACACUGAUGUUAUUGUUGCUGAAUUCCGGGAAACAAUCAAUCAACAUAUAUACCGGUAACAACCAUAAUCAUGACGCUUAAUCCUAUCUCUUGAAAAUCAAAGACUACUGAGAUGAGUUGGUGCUGAAAAGGUAGAGAAAAAGCACGACAUGAAGUUCACAGUUCCUAUUGUGCUCUUUCCUUUUCUCUAUUGUCAUGUGCUCAUAAAAUAGCAUAGCAGAUUAGAAGUUACUUUGACCAACUCUCACCCUCUAUUGGAGGCUCUAGAUGAGAUGUAUUGUACUCAAAAUUAAAGUUGCUAACGAACAUUAAUCUUAGAUGGCAUGGCAAA